AUGUCUCGUUCCAUUGGAGUAUUAUUAUUGUACUGUAUUGGUUUAAUUGCCUUUUCUAAUGCGGCUGUUGCGAAAAAAACUUCCUCUGUUGAUCAAUUUACCGAAGACAACUGGAAUCUCAUGCUAACUGGAGAAUGGAUGGUAGAAUUCUACGCUCCUUGGUGUCCGGCGUGCAAAGAAAUGGAGCCCACAUGGUCGUACUUGGGUGACAUGAAAAAGAGUCUGGGUAUAAACGUGGGCAAAGUCGAUGUCACUGACUCUCCUGGGUUAAGUGGUAGAUUUAUGGUUACUGCACUCCCAACAAUUUAUCAUGUAAAAGACGGUGAAUUCCGUCAGUACAAGAGUCCAAGAGACCGUGAAUCGCUUGUUGAUUUCAUAAAGUCAAAAACAUGGAUGAAAGUUGAACCCGUAUCAAGCUGGAAGAGCCCAACGUCUAUUCAAAUGACUCUUAUGAGUAAAUUCUUCAAAUUAUCUCAAGUUUUGCGGGCUAUCCAUAAUCAAUUAAUGGACGAUUACGGAUUACCAACAUGGGGAAGUUACUUUAUUUUUGCUGUCGCCACUAUUAUCAUGGGAGCUCUUUUAGGAUUGGUGAUCGUGUGCGUUAUCGACUUCUUCUCUCCCCCUAAGCACGCCAAGGCUGUUGUUAACAAGAAGCGCAAAGAUUCGAGUGAAUCGUCCCAAGACAAAGGAUCUGAUGAAGACGAAUUGGAUGAAAACAUAAAAGAUGAUUUAGUUGAUGAGGAGGCCAGUGAUUCUGAAAAGCAAAGCAGUAAAAAGAGCUCUGCUGCAAAUAGUCCUAAUGCGCGUAAACGUAAAACACGUAAAGCUGACUGA